CUGCACCCUAUGGUGCCGCUACGGCCACCGAGAAAUGGAUGUCUCGCAGGCCGCUUUCCCAAACGGUGAAGGGCGGCCGGGCGGGGGAGAGACCGGGGAACAUGUCUGGACGGAGCCCACGGUGCGGGGCUGUGCUCACUCGGCCCCUCUGUGCCCCACUCGGUCCCUGUGGACCGCCGCCUACGACUACGAGGCGAGCGGCGAGGACGAGCUCAGUCUCCGGCGAGGGGACGUCGUAGAGGUCCUGUCCAAGGAUUCUGCGAUCUCCGGAGACGAGGGAUGGUGGACGGGCAAACUCAACCACCGGGUCGGGAUUUUCCCUUCCAACUAUGUCACCUACCAGCCCGCUAUCUAUCGCCUCCCGGCUACCAGCGGCGCGGCGGGAGUACCGGAGCAGGUACCGAGCUCGCCCACGCAGAUCCCCUUCAGUGAACUGGUUUUGGAGGAGAUCAUAGGCGUGGGCGGGUUCGGCAAAGUGUACCGGGGGACGUGCAAGGAGCAAGAGGUCGCGGUGAAAGCGGCUCGGCAGGACCCGGAUGAGGACAUAACGGCCACCGCCGCCAGCGUGCAGCAGGAGGCGAAGCUGUUCUCCAUGCUGCAGCACCCCAACAUCAUCAAGCUGGAGGGGGUGUGCCUGGAGGAGCCCAACCUGUGCCUGGUCAUGGAGUACGCGCGAGGCGGCACGCUGAACCGGGCGCUGACCGGGAGGCGCAUCCCUCCGCACAUCCUGGUCAACUGGGCCGUGCAGAUCGCACGUGGGAUGCACUAUCUGCACGAGGAGGCCGUGGUGCCCAUAAUCCACCGUGACCUGAAGUCUAGCAACAUUUUAUUACUUGAAAAAAUAGAGAAUGACGACAUUGGGAGGAAGACAUUGAAGAUCACGGAUUUUGGCCUGGCUAGGGAAUGGCACAAAACUACAAAAAUGUCUGCUGCAGGCACCUAUUCCUGGAUGGCCCCUGAGGUCAUCAAGUGCUCUCUCUUCUCCAAGGGCAGUGAUGUGUGGAGUUAUGGCGUCCUGCUGUGGGAGCUGUUAACAGGAGAGGUGCCUUACCGAGGGAUUGACGGUCUGGCUGUUGCUUACGGUGUGGCGGUCAAUAAGUUGACUCUGCCAAUCCCCUCCACCUGCCCUGAGCCAUUCGCCAAGCUCAUGGAAGAAUGCUGGGACCAGGACCCUCAUGAGCGCCCCUCCUUCUCCUGCAUCCUGGAGCAGCUGUCGGCCAUCGAGGAGGCCGUGAUGGCCACCAUGCCGCAGGACUCCUUCCACAGCCUGCAGGACAACUGGCGUGUGGAGAUCCAGGAGAUGUUUGAUGAGCUCAGGACCAAAGAGAAGGAGCUGCGUUCCAGGGAAGAGGAGCUGACACGGGCCGCCCUCCAGCAGAAGUCUCAGGAGGAGCUGCUGAAGCGUCGAGAGCAGCAGCUGGCCGAGCGGGAGAUCAACGUGUUGGAGAGAGAACUCAACAUCCUCAUAUUCCAGCUCAACAAAGACAAGCCCAACGUGAAGAAGAGGAAAGGCAAAUUCAAACGCUCACGCCUUAAACUGAAGGAUGGAAACCGCAUCAGCCUGCCAUCAGACUUUCAACACAAGAUCACCGUGCAAGCGUCGCCUUCCAUGGACAAGAGGCGUAGCCUCCACUGCACCAGCUCCUCUCCUCCCAGCAGUCCCACACUCAUCCCCCGACUGCGAGCCAUUCAGCUAACCCAAGAUGAGAGCAACCGUACGUGGGGCCGCAGCUCCCUCUCCAGGCCAGAGGAGUUCGAUGACGUGAAAAAGGGAAUCAAGAAGAAAGGAAGAACAUGGGGCCCCAGUUCAGUGCAGAGCAAAGAGAGGCCUGCUGCAGCUGAGAGGGUGCGUCCUCUGUCUGAUGGCAGUAACCCCUGGUCCACCAGCCUGCUGAAGUCCCAGAAGUCUGUCCCCCUUGCUGCCCUGUUUGGUGAACAAGCAGGUAAAGAUGAGAUGUUCUCCCAGGAAUGUCCUGACAACAGCUCCAAACCAAAGCAGCUCAAGUUCCCCAACCAGGUGUACAUCGAUCUACCUCUGUGGAAGGACGAGCAGCAGCCUCAGAGCCUCGGAGGAAACAAUGGGCUGGGAGAUGCUGGGGUCAGCACAGGAGGUCCGGGUGGCCCACCAGAGACUCCAGAUGACCCCUGCACCACCACAUCCACCUCCUCCACCUCUACCACCCCGCAGCUAACGCCCACCAAUAGCUUGAAAAGAUCAUCGGCUCGCCGCAAGACUGAAUCUGCACUGUACGGCUGUGGUUCGUUGCUGGCUUCCAUUGUGCUCGGUUACGAUCUUAGAGAGGCCAUUAAAAACGCUUCCCACGGGGAAGAGUCCGAGCCUCCGAAAGAGGAGAAGAAGAAAAAGGAGGGCCUCUUUCAGCGUGCCACUCGGUUUCGCCGCAGCACUUCGCCGCCAAGCGGUCGCUCCCGCAAAGAAGAGACGUCGUCAAACAACGCCGGCACCCAGCCCGUCAAUCUGGUCUCCAUGUCAGCCAUUAUGGAAUGCAACUCCACCAAGUGCCUCCUGCAGUCAGAGGUUGAGGUGUCAGACUCCAGUUCAGCGAGGGCUGAGCAUGUGGUUAAUAAUCACCACCACGUGGCCCAACCCAGCAGAGCAGCUUCUGUGGACAAGCAGAGGAACAAAACUGCAGCUGAACUGCAGAAACCAGCACAAACACAGAGCCAGCUGCCAGAGCAGAGCAACCACAACACAGGGACCCGUCUGCGCAGGAAGAAGUACACGACUAAGCACAGCGCCAACGGCCCGUCCACUGUGCCCCCUCCUGCCACUCAGAAGAAGCAGGCCAAGGAGCGAGAUGAAAAGCCACCAAGUAGAGAAGCGGACCCACGACCGCGGCCCGUGUCUUUCCGGGCCAAACCCCACACCUGGGCCCUGCUGCGCCGACACAACAAGAGCUACUCCCUGGGCCACUACUCUGGAGAGAAGGCGGCUCAAAACCUGAGCGUGGUGCUGUCCUCGGAGCGAGGCUGCUCCCUGCUCGACAUGGACGCAGAGGGACAGAAGCGAGACUGCACGGUGCCGCUCUGCCGCAUCCAGAGCUCCCCGGGACGGCCGUCCGUCUUCGAGCUGGAGAAGGGGUUCCUCUCCUAA